AUGAAUAGUCGUUUCUUAUUAACUAUUGUUUUAUUGAGUGUCUUUUUAUUGGCAUGUGGUAUUAACCAAACACAUGCAAGAAAGCUCCCAAGAGAUUCACUUGUUUACUAUGAAAAAGUUGGUAAUCAACACAGAGAUUCAGUCAUUCAAAGAUUGCGUCAAUUGUUCAAGGAAUUAUCUGAUCAACAACAACAAAUUGAAUUGUUAGCUGAUAGUCAAUCUGAUGAUGAUUUCCCAUGUCCAUCUCCAUAUGUUAGAAAAGAUGAAGAUGUUAAUGGUUUUGUUGCCAAACUUCAAUCUAUCAAGUGUUUAGAUGACAAGUUGGUUGAAUUUGAUACUUAUAUCAAAUCAUCUGCUAUUUUGUUUACUGUUAGUCAAUCUAUGAAGAUUAUUGAACAAUUUAGCAAGAUUUUGUUUGUUAAGAAGCAUGUCACUACUCAAUUGAUUAGUCGCUUGUCAACUCUUACUGGAAGUGAAGCAGUUACUCUCUUGAAGACUGCAUCUGAUUCUACAUUGGAAAGACUCAAGUUAUUGGAUAAUGUUAAGACUAACAUUAUUGAUAUUCAAACAUCCAAGGCAACUAUUGUUUCUUCUCUCUUUGACGCUGAAACCAAGACUAAAGCAACCGAAAGUUUGGAUCAAGUCAAGUAUCACGAUUGUGUUUUCGGUUCUAUCAGCGGUGAUAAUAUCUUGUUCACUAUCGAUACUAGUCCUUCCAUGGAUUACAAGAUUGCUCCAGAUUCCAAAUUCUCUCGUUUGGAUUUCGUCAAGAAACAUUUCGAAUUGGUUUUGAGAAAGUUGACUCCAAACCAAAAGUUCAACAUUGACCUUUUCAAUAAGGAUGCUAAAUUGUUAUAUUCUGAAUUCAUUCAAGCAACUCCUGAAAACAUUGAAAAAGCAGUUCAAUAUGUCAAGAAUUCCAUCCAGACUAGUUCUUAUACUAAUUUGGAAGCUGCUAUGCGUUCAUCCUUCUCUGCAUUCCAAUCCAAAGAUUCUGGAUCUAAAGUCGUCUACUUGUUGAGUGAUGGUGUCCCAACUGCUGGUGAACAAAAUCCACAAGCUUUGAUUAGAAUCAUUGAUCAAUUAUCUCACUAUUCCAAUGUUAAAGUCAACUCAAUUUCUUUCAAUAUGGGUAAUGAAUAUAAUAAUAAGCAAUAUCAAGAAACUGACUUGGAUAAGAAUAAUGCUGCUUUGAUUUUGAGUAAGGUUGCUGAAGUCACUGGUGGUGUUUUCAAGCGUAUUCAACAACUUUAAACAUUAUGUGGAAUAGAUUAAGUAGAUUGUGAAAAUAAAGCAAUUUAGUAUUU